AUGGUUGGGAGUAGCCGUAUUAUGUUCGUUCUUUUUGCCGUGGUGGUACUCACACUGGGCCAAUCUUCACGUCCGGUCUCGGCAUGGCUGCCCGGGGAGGUCCUUCUCGAGAUACAAAACGUUAUGGACCCUUCGAAGGCUAAAAUCGAAGUUCAUUGCAAGUCCGGGGACGACGAUCUGCAAAACCAUGUACUCGAAUAUGGCAAGAUUUUCAGCUUCAAAUUCAAGAAUAACGCUCUGGACACAACCCUUUUCUAUUGCUACUUUCAGUGGAAAAAUCCUGAGGGAAAAUGGAUCCAAACCUCCCAUGACAUAUACGACGCCAAGAGGGAUCAAGAACGUUGCAUGAAUCAUUGCCAGUGGCGGGUUGCAGAAGAAGGCUUCUUUUCUUACAGCAUAAUAAACGACGUUUGGGAAAACCUCUACAAUUGGACCUAA